AUGAAUGAAGUGGGUCGUGAACACAAAGUUCUUCUUGUAUUGGAUCAAGGAUCUCUUCUUUCACAACGCUCAGGCGAAAAAAUCACUGUUUCCCUGAAGGAGUCAUCAUCUUCUGAAACCAAAGAAAUAGCUUCGACCGAAAAAACUCUAUGGACAUGGUUAAUAGAAUGCACCAUAGAGUUCCAUAGAAUAACUGGAGAUUUGUUUCAUGAUUCUUCGAAUCUACUCAGGAUUUUGAUAGCCAAAGAGAAGUGUAAAUAUCUUGCUCGUUGGGGAGAAGAACUCUUUUCUUCUAGAGACCUUUUCCAAUAUUUGUAUGACAUAGACCAUCCUAAAGAGUCUGACCCAAGCAAAAGUUAUCUGAUCAGUGGCUUCAAAAAUGCUCUGCAAGGAAUCAGCGAAUUAACCGAACAUCAAAAAAAACUUCAACAGCAAGCAAUGGAAAAAGAACUCAAGAAACUCAUAAUAACACAAAUUGAUGAGACCAAUAUUCACAAAGACUCGGCUGUAUCUGUGAUGAAAAACGUUGGUUCUAUUGUCCUCUUCACAUGUUUUGAAAGCCAGAAGGAUCUAGACAAAUUUGUGGAGAUGAUGCCAGGCAUGGUUUCGGAAGAAAAUGAAAGCUUGCAGUCUUCCCAAAAUUCAAAGAAUCAAAAAAUUGACCAUGUCUUUGUGGCAGUGGUCAACAUAUAUCCUAAAAACAAGAAAGUUGAACUAUCUACUCAUUCUUUCAAAGAGAUUGAUCCGUUGGUUUCACUGACUGUCAUUAAUAGUGAAGCAGAUGCUCUUGUGAUUUCUGCUGCUCACGGGGCUUGUAUUGAAAUUUAUGAUCUCAUCUCCACAACUGUAUCGGGGAUCCCCAUGAAGGAGGAAGCUCAAAAAGGACAGUCUGUUAACUACGAUGUAGAACUUCUUCAUUCUAAAGCAGCACAUGAACAGCUAGAGAAGUUCGGCUUAGUUGGUCAGAAUGGUUUUCUUAAAGACCCAGGAUGCUCGUAUUAUCCUACUUUCAAAUUGGCAUGGGCUACUCCUAGCCCUCGACAGGCUUGGAAUUUGCUUCCUCGUACAAAAUGCCCUUAUGCUAUAACGCCAUGUUCUGUGAAUAGUAGACCAUCUGUAUGUUUGACUUCGUUCUUGUUGAAUGGAAGAACAGUCAUGUUAGAAGUUGUUAGAAAAGGUCCGGCUCAAGACUUCAAACCCAAUGUUGGACAAAAAUUAAUUUCCCAUACCUUAGUCUCCCAUGCAGGACGUCUUUAUAUCCACUCGAUCGAUAUAGAGAAAAUUGCGGCCAUCGAUGAGCCAUCUAAUGAUCUCGAUGAAAUAUUAUCAAUACCUGACAGCAUAACUGAAUGGAAAGAUGAGACCUCUGAUGCAGAGGCUGAUGUGGAAGCAAUGGAUCAAGAUGAUAAACAGAUAGGGCGCGCAUCGUCAGACUCCGUUGAGAAGUUCGAAGAAGAUUUUGACAUGACUGGAAACUCAGAUUCUGAAGACGAUCAAUUCGUUAACUCUGCAUACUGUAUGGUAGAUAGGUACUAUGAUGUGAUCGGAGAGAGCAGUACUUUGCGUGUGGAUGAAAUGUGUCAAAUGAUAAAAACUCAUAUGCUGCGCCCACCUAAAUCAGAUGAGGCGUUGCCUGCUAGUAAACUUCCUUGUUAUCAACCAAUGCGGAAUCUCCGUAGAGCUACCCGAUUUUGGCCUCUUAACGUUGAGGGGAGCAUUAUCUUCAACGUUCAGAAGACCACGAAAUUGCCGGCAAUCUGUUCAACUUAUCAGAAGGCAGCAUUAACACUCGAUGAUAUUCAGGAGUUGAAAAAGAAUUUAUCACAAUUAAUAGAGUUACGUGAUAGAGAAGUUGAGUUGGUAGAACAGUCCUGGAAAACAAGUACAAAAAGGAAUCUCUCUCCAGCGGAGCAAUACCGGGAAUUAUUGUCAGAUUUGAGUUUGUUCAUGUCCAACUCUGUGAAUAACUCUGUGAAUCACCUGGAAAUUUUCGACUUUUUCAUGAAUCUGGCUAAGAGUGAUGGAAUAAAAGUAACCAGCGAUGAUGUUUCCCUAAAUGAUCUGAAAGAUACUGCUCACGUGGUAGAUGUAAAGCGGCAGAGUGAGCAGAAUAGCGACGUUUCACCACCGUUGGCUAAAAAACAACGUCUUCCUUGGAAGCAGAACGAAACUUUGAGAAUCUCAGAGUGGUUGAACACUCAAAAUGCUCAAAGAUUCAAGGCUCAUAGCAAGGAGUUCGAAGCUCGUGUCGAGUUUGGUCAUAGACCUGCUCAGCUAUACAAAAACUUAGAUCUUUCCACCGCAGCACCAAGAGGUGAACCAAACCGUUCAUAG